AUGGCCCGACUGGUGACCCUGUGCCUGGCCCUGACCCUUAUCCUCAGCCUGGCUCUUAGUAGCAGCACCUCCUCAUCCUCCCCCUCAACCCUAGGGGUGUACAUCGAGCGGGCGCCCGAAUCGGCGGUGGCCCCCAAAGGCGAUGAGGUCGUGUUCGAGUGCGAGAUGAACCUGAAGCCCGAUCGACUAGAGUGGCGCUUCCGGGAGAAUGGAUCCGUGGCGUACCGCUACCUGAGGCCCAGCGGCGGUUACAAUGUGACGAACAGCAACGAGGAGCGCACCUGGAAGCUAAGGAUCUACGUGAGUCCACAGACGGUGGGCGACUACCAGUGCGUUGCCUGGUACGGGCCCGGGGCGCUGGCCUCGACGCCCGCUCGGCUCACCCUCGUCUCCAUUUCGAUCGACAAUCCCAACGGCUACAGUCGCCCGCAUGCGGUACGCUGGAGCGUGGCGCCCCGUAAUUGUGUCCUCAUUCGAUGUGGCACGGUGACCUCCAGUCCGCCGGCCAUCUGGAGCUUCUACCGGAACGGGGAGAAGCUGCCGCAGACAGAGAUGCUGGUUUCGGGAGCGGGCGGGGCCCUGGUCCUAAGCUCAGUCGGCGCCAAGGAUGCGGGGAACUACACCUGCGCGGCAACCAAUGCUAUCACGGGGGUGGAAGUCCGCCUGCCCCAAGUCAUCGACCUUAGGGUGGACUACACGGACCGCACGCAGCCCUACUUUCUCCAGCAGCCGGCGAGCCAGCUGCAGGCGCGCCCCGGCGAGACUAUUAUCCUGGAGUGCCCCGGCGUAGGCUCUCCCAGGCCAGAGGCCGUCUGGAGCAGCCCCACUCUCCCCAGCAUCAAUCACAAUCGCAGUCGAGUGCUCGCGUAUGGUCUGCAAAUAACCGAUGUACGGCCGGAGGAUCAAGGCUCGUAUGUGUGCCGCUUGGACAACGGUAUAGCGCCCGUCCGUGUGCACAUGAUCAAGCUGCAGGUCCUGGAACGCCCCAGCAUACUGCGCGGACCAGCGGCCACGCUCACCAAUGAGGGCGACUCCUUGACCCUUGAAUGCUCGGCCACAGGCAAUCCCCAGCCGGAGAUAUACUGGCUACUCAACGGCGAGGAUGCGAGCACCGACAACGAGACGCUUGCCGAGAACCGCAGCCUACUCAUCCAUCACGUGCAGAAGCGGCAUGCGGGAGUAGUGCAAUGCUUUGCGAGGAAUACCCUGGGAGAGAUCAGCGAAGGAAAUAUGCUGCGUGUGAAUCCCCUUCAGAUAAGCGGUGAGGAUUACCAGCCUUUGGGGAAUGUGCCGAUGCGUUCGUCGCAUGAUUCGGGCAGUGGAGGGUCCUCCUCGGGCUCUGGCUUCUCCUCGUCCUCUGGUAGCGGCGGCGGAUCCCGCAACAAGGGCAAGCGGAAGUACAACCGUCUGGACAUGGUGCCACCGUCACGGCCCAAUGUUACCCGUUUGGCCGACGAUGCCGUCAUGCUGCGCUGGAACGUGCCGCGCAACGACGGCCUCUCCAUCAACUUUUUCAAGGUGCAGUAUCGCAUGCUCGGCGACAGCUUCCGUAAGAUUCCACGCGAAAACUGGCAGACCACCAACGAGAACAUACCCUACGGUUACUGGAAGGCAACGCGCGGACGUGAUCGCCACGACCGGGACCAACAGCAGCAGCAUGAAGUAACCGUCGGCCCCAAGAACUUCACGUCGUCGGUGACGGGACUGCGACCGGAUCGGUAUUAUCGCUUCCGGAUCGUGGCCGUCUACUCGAACAACGACAACAAGGAGGGUAACACAUCACUCAAGUUCUUCCUAGAGAGAGGCGUAGCCAAAUCGAACCUCCCGGUGCCCGAUCUGCGCGACGUGGAACCCUACUCCGAGUCUGCCGUUCUGCUGCACUGGACCCUGGCCGCUGCGGCUGUCCCGGCCACAGCCACGGGCUCCUCAUCCGACAGCAGCAUCGAUGGCUACUAUGCGUACUACAGGCCCACUGACUCGGCGGGCGAGUACCUCAAGGCGACUGUGGAUGGCGGCCAUACGCGCCGUUUUAAGAUCGAUAUGCUACGAGCGGGUACCGCCUACGAGUUCAAGCUGCAGACCUUCAAUGCCCAUGCGGCCUCCGAAUUCAGUGCCAUUCGUCAGGCGCGGACAAAGAAGCUAAAUGAGCCGACAGCAUCGUCUACAACGCCCCUGAUGGUCCCCGCCAACCAGGGGAAGCCGUCGCAGAGCUCCAUUUACCCGGUGAUUGCCGGUGCCGCCGUUGUGGGCCUGCUACUGCUGAUUGCAACAGUGGUAGCAUGCCUGCGUCGUCGCAAGAAUUCCCAGCCAGAGGAUGAGAACAAACCGCAAUUGGAGCAUAUACAAGCUGACUUUGUUACCUCCGCCGUGCUGGGGGUUGGCGGGCAUCACAAAAGCGGCGGCGAUGUGCGACGCCUGAAUGGCGUUAUACCGCGCAUGAAUAUCACGCCUAACCCGCUGGCCCAGGACACUGCCUCCGACAAGAACCGCAACGUCAUGGAGCUGCGCUUCAUGCCGCCCUUGUCUAAUGGCCAUGGAAAAGGCAAUGGGAUCCACUGCAUACCGGGAGGAGGACCUGGAGAGGCGGCAGAAGAUGAGGAUGCCCUCCAAGCAAUGGCUUCGUCCUCCUGCGAGACAUUGGAGGCCUGCGAUGGCAUCAGCCAGCAGCAGCAGGAGCCAUCGCCAUCGAUGGACGCCCCCAGCAAGCCACUGCCGCCGCUGCCCAAGAAAUCCACAUCCGCCACCAACGCCACUACAGCAACAGGUGCUGGUGCAGGUUCAAGCUCUGGCAAGCCAGUAAACGGCAACGCUGGCGUUGUGGCAGCCAUGCAUCAGAGCGGUCUGCACCAUGCCCAGCCGUAUCAUCCGCCGGGGACACCAACUAUGCUACACAAGCGCCUCGAUUACCACCAGCAACAGCUGCAGCAGCAAGCGCCGCCAGUGCCGCCACACGCCUCCUACUACCAGCAGCAGCAGGCGCCUAUACAUCUUCCUGGAGCCUGCGGGCCCUCCCCCAUGUUGGAGCGCAGUGUGCGGGGUCUGCAGCAGCACCAGCAGCCGUCGUACGGGGCCGGCUUUCCUGAGGACGGUACUCCCACACCAUCGCGCAUACCCUCGCUGCGGCGACAGCGACGCGCCUCGGGCAGCCAGCAUAACAGCCACAGCAAUCUCAAUCUGAACCACCAUCAGCAUCACAAUAACAACAACAACCUGCCGCCACACCACCAACAUCUGCACCACCAUCAGGGGCACCAGGGUCUGGUAGGCAUACCGAUUGUACCUGGCAGUCCACGGGUGCAGCGUUCGCCGAUGCCCAGCCGUGCGAUGAUCAAGCGAACGCGACUCGGCAGCCACACGGACAACAUAUCGUCCGGCAGUCUCAACAGUAUUGAGGUGUAGGUCGAAGGAGGAGCAUCCAAUUAGACAAGAAAGAACAGCAGGAGCCUAAGCACACGAGACACGAGUUAAGACUAGCGACAUAUAUAGAAUAUAUAUUAUGUAUUAUUACAAUUACUAUUACGAUACCCAGGCUUGCAAAUGCAGUCGGAAACAGAAGAUCUAUACCCUCUUUAUUUUUAUACCCGAUACUCAAAAA